AUGGAGGCGCUGGGCGUUGGGAAGAAGAAGAAGAGGGUGAGGCGGAGUGAGGAAGUGCCUACCCAGAACAGGAAGAGGGAGACAGGUGCAGAGGAAACUAGUGUUGGUAAGGGGAGAGAAGUGGAAGGGGUCCCAGGGAGGGUAGGUGGCCCAGAGGCGGUGAAAGUUGGUUCAGAGGGGAUGGAGGUUGUGCCAGUGGUGGCGACGAUCGCCGUAGGGGUCACAGAGGCCGCCCCCGAAGGGCAAAUGGGGGAUGAGGCAGCUGGCCCAGAGCCAAGGAGGGAAGAACAGCCCGAGGGGGGUCCUACACCUCAAGCAGGGGGGGUCAGUCUAAAUACGGCGAUCUACCAUGCUCGUGCGAUUGCGGGGCGGCUGGAAGGGGAAGAAGGUCCAACUAGGGCGGAAGCAGACCGCUUGGUAAGGGUGGUAGAAGAGGCAGCCUUGCGCUCGGCAUCUAGAUUCAACGAGGCCGAACUGCUAAGGGGUUUGUACUCCGCUCAAAUGGAGGUAACCACCUUAGCAGGGGCUUUGCUGAGGAAGGCGGGGGCUGCCAAACUCAAGGAAGAUGAGGUCAGGGCUCAGCUUGCCAAGUUAAAGAAGAAGAGUGCAAGUUGGGAGAGUGCCCAUACUGAGUUGCAAGCAGUUAAGAAGGAGCUGGAGAGAGAGCGCGCCAAGGCAGUGGAGGAGAAGGAGAGGCUUCAGAAGGAGUUGGAAGUAGAGAGAGUGCAGGCAACGGCGGAGAAGGAGAGCUUGAAGAAGGAGUUGGAGGCAGAACGGGCAAAGGCUGCGUCAGAGAGGUCGGCCCUACAGAAAGAGCUGGACGAAGAAAGGGUAAAGGCAGCCUCUGAAAGGGAGGCUUAUCCCGAUCUGUGCGUUGCAGCGGUGGAGCAAUUCAAAGGGUCGGCCGAAUUCCAGACGGCGGUUGAUGCCGUGGUUGCGAGUAGCCUGGUUGGGCAAGAAUCUGGGGGGGUGGGCCCAUCGAGGACGACCACUGGAAGCAGAACUGACGCAGAGGUUAUUGCAAGCUUCCAGCAGUCCGACUUUUAUAAGUAUGAAAUGGUUGAGUACUGGGACAGUGGUUGGAAGAUGUUCAAACAUAGAGCCGAAGAGCUGUUCCCAGGCUUAGACCUUAGUAGUGUAACGAUUGGUGAAAACGAUGUGGCCCAAACCCCCCUGGAGGAGGGCAUUGAAGAAGAAGACCUCUUCUCCAGUGGGGAGGAGUAA